UUGAAAUGAAAAAUUUUUCCAAUUAUCACUUGUAUUGUUGUAUAAUUUGUGAAAUAAACAUAAUCUAUUCACUAUUGAAUUUUUGGAUGAAUACAAAAUUCUGAUAAUCAUUUGUGAUGAUGAAAUUAUCAACAGGAUUAUUAUCUAGUAUGUGGUUGAUCAGUGUUCUAUUAUGUUUGCAAUGCAUGAUACAAUCUUCAGUGACAUCUAGAAUUCAACGACCAUUGAUGAGUCACAUCUUUUUGAAGGUCGACGAGGCCGAACGACAAUUCGAUCUUCAGAAGAAUAAUUUUCCUAACGAACCUGAAACACUAAUGAUUAGUCCAGCAAGACCUGGUAUUCAUAAAAGGCGCAGACGAGAUGACAGACGUAAAUGGAAAAAGAAUGAAAAACGAAAACAUCGUUAUUCUAGGAAUUCUCGUUUUGCACAAAAUAAAAUGUGAUUUAAUCUGGAUCCAUUUUGUUCGUAAGUUUGAACAGAUAUAUAUAUAUAUCAAUCGUGAAAAUCACUCACCUAUCACUGAGAAACAGUAACUUUAUUCAAAAUUCAAUCUUUGAAAUUAUCAUUUAAUAUUUUAUUAAAUCUCUGAUUUUUAUAAAACUUUUUGAUAAUGACUUGUUACAAUGAUUUGUUUAAAUGAACAUUCAUAAUUUUUGGCGUAAUUUUCAAAUCGCACAUUAUGAAAAUGUUAUUUUCUCAUUUUACAGCACUAUAAUCUUUCAUGAUUUGUUGUUAUAUGACUGACACAAUGUGUGAAAAUAAAAUUUAACAUGAU